AUGAGCUACACGUUGGACUCGCUGGGCAACCCGUCCGCCUACCGGCGGGUCGCCGAGACCCGCUCGAGCUUCAGCCGCGUCGGCGGCUCCCCGUCCAGCGGCUUCCGCUCGCAGUCGUGGUCCCGCGGCUCGCCCAGCACCGUGUCCUCGUCCUACAAGCGCAGCGCGCUCGCCCCGCGCCUCACCUACAGCUCGGCCAUGCUCAGCUCCGCCGAGAGCAGCCUCGACUUCAGCCAGUCCUCGUCCCUGCUCAACGGCGGCUCCGGGGCCGGCGCCGACUACAAGCUGUCGCGCUCCAACGAGAAGGAGCAGCUGCAGGGGCUGAACGACCGCUUCGCCGGCUACAUCGAGAAAGUGCACUACCUGGAGCAGCAGAACAAGGAGAUCGAGGCGGAGAUCCAGGCGCUGCGGCAGAAGCAGGCUUCGCACGCCCAGCUGGGCGACGCGUACGACCAGGAGAUCCGCGAGCUGCGCGCCACACUCGAGAUGGUGAACCACGAGAAGGCUCAGGUGCAGCUGGACUCGGACCACCUGGAGGAAGACAUCCACCGGCUCAAGGAGCGCUUCGAGGAGGAGGCACGGCUGCGCGACGACACGGAGACUGCCAUCCGCGCGCUGCGCAAAGACAUCGAGGAGGCUUCGAUGGUCAAGGUGGAGCUGGACAAGAAGGUGCAGUCGCUGCAGGAUGAGGUGGCCUUCCUGCGGAGCAAUCACGAGGAGGAGGUGGCCGACCUGCUGGCCCAGAUCCAGGCGUCGCACAUCACGGUGGAGCGCAAAGACUACCUGAAGACAGACAUCUCGUCAGCGCUGAAGGAGAUCCGCUCCCAGCUCGAGUGCCACUCCGACCAGAACAUGCACCAGGCCGAAGAAUGGUUUAAAUGCCGCUACGCCAAGCUCACCGAGGCGGCCGAGCAGAACAAGGAGGCCAUCCGCUCUGCCAAGGAAGAGAUCGCCGAGUACCGGCGCCAGCUGCAGUCCAAGAGCAUCGAGCUCGAGUCGGUGCGUGGCACCAAGGAGUCCCUGGAGCGGCAGCUCAGCGACAUCGAGGAGCGCCACAACCACGACCUCAGCAGCUACCAGGACACCAUCCAGCAGUUGGAAAAUGAGCUUCGGGGCACAAAGUGGGAAAUGGCUCGUCAUUUGCGAGAAUACCAGGAUCUCCUUAACGUCAAGAUGGCUCUGGAUAUCGAGAUCGCUGCGUACAGAAAACUCCUGGAGGGUGAAGAGACCAGAUUUAGCACAUUUGCAGGAAGCAUCACUGGGCCACUGUAUACGCUCCGACAGCCCUCAGUUACAAUAUCCAGUAAGAUUCAGAAAACCAAGGUUGAGGUUCCCAAGCUAAAGGUCCAGCACAAAUUUGUCGAGGAGAUCAUAGAAGAAACCAAAGUGGAGGAUGAGAAGUCAGAAAUGGAAGAUGCCCUGACAGCCAUUGCAGAGGAGCUGGCCGUCUCCGUGAAAGAAGAGGAGGAAGGAAAGGAGGAGGCACGAGAAGCUGGAGAGGAAGUUGUAGCUGCCAAAAAGUCUCCAGUGAAAGAGGCUGCACCUGAAAUGAAAGGAGAGGAGGAAGAGGAGGAAGAAGAUGAGGGUGCAAAGUCAGACCAGGCCGAAGAAGGAGGGUCUGAGAAGGAAGGCUCUAGUGACAAAGAGGAAGAGGAGCAGGGAGAAAAUGGAGAAACAGAGGCUGAGGGAGAAAGAGAGGAAGCCCAAGCUAAGGAGGCAAAGGAAAUUAAGGAAAAAAGUGAUGAAGUGGUCACCAAGGAGGAGCUGGUGGCAGAAGCCAAGGUGGGAAAGCUGGAGAAGGCCAAGUCCCCUGCACCGAAGUCACCAGUGGAAGAGGCGAAGCCAAAAGCAGAGGCUGCAGCGGGCAAAGAGGAGCAGAAAGAGGGAGAAGGGAAAGUGGAGGAAGAAAAGAAAGAAGGAGCCAAGGAAGAGAAAGCAGAGAAGAAGGAGGAGACGCCCAAAGAUGUGCCAGCGAAGAAGAAAGCUGAGUCUCCGGUCAGGGAGGGAGCCGUGGAGGAGGUGGUCACCAUCACCAGAUCGGUAAAGGUGAGCUUGGAGAAAGACACCAAAGAAGAGCAGAAGCCACAGCAGCCGGAGAAGGAGGAGCAGGUGCAAGAGGAGGGAGGGAGGGCGGGGGAAGGGAGUGACCGAGGUGCGAAGGAAGCCAGGAAGGAAGACAUAGCUGUCAAUGGGGAGGUGGAAGGGAAAGGGCGGGAGGAACAGGAAACCGAGGGAAAAGGCAGCGGGAGAGAAGAGGAGAAAGGCGUCAUCACCAAUGGGUUAGACUUGAGCCCCGCAGAGGAAAAGCAGGGGGGUGACAGAAGUGAGGAGAAAGUGGUGGUGACCAAAAAGAUAGAAACAAUCACUGAGGGGGGAGAAGGUGCUACCAAAUACAUCACUAAAUCUGUAACCGUCACUCAAAAGGUCGAAGAGCAUGAAGAGACCUUUGAGGAGAAACUAGUGUCUACUAAAAAGGUAGAAAAAGUCACUUCGCACGCCAUCGUAAAGGAAGUCACCCAGAGUGACUAA